AUGAAGAAUGUAAGCCCAAACAUUGUUUUUUGUGGGAUUUCGGUUUUUAUGAAGAUAAGGGAGCUUUGAAAAAAGAUUUGGGAUCAUAAAUGGGUAUCAAGUUAGAUAAAAAGUGAAAAAAGAGGAAUUUAGUUGGAUUUUUGUGUCAAAUCUAGCUUAUUAAUACCUACUCUAGCUCUAUGCUUGUUUCUAGGCCUAUAAAUCAACCAGUUUAUGCCAAAAAAUAUGUUAAUUUACCUUUAACUUGGCUUAAUUACCUCUAUAUUAUCUAUGAUAAAAAAGAACUUGAACUCCCAAUUUUAUUACCCAAAUUUGCGGCUAGAGUUAUCUCAGAGCUGUAAUGAACCAGCACAACCACUUUCGUCUGAAAUUUGAGGCAAAAAUAGCUGUUUUAGACCCAAACUACCACCUGAUGUCAAGUACAAUAUAAUUUGUCUAUUUUUUGUAGAAGCUCGGUGUUUACAGUCAUGUCGGGACCUUCAGCACCUACGCCGAGGCUUAUGCGACUAUCGAAAGGGAGUAUCGAUAUAAAAGACAGCUUCGUGACAGUAAUAUUAGAGUUUACAGGUAAGAUGGUCCUAAAUUAAUAUCAAUAUCUCCUUCCAGAUGCCGUUCUCAUCGAGGACACAAGUGCAAUGCAACGGCAAAAAUUGUAGUCUGUCCUGAUGGUCGAUUUGAAGUGGGGAAACGGUUCCCACACAAUCAUAGUGUAAGUUUUUUCUAGUAAUUUUGAAAAAAUAUUAUUUUUGAUUUUUUCAGAUGGACAUUUUUGAAAAUAAAAAACUCUGGGAAAGACAUCGACGGAAAUGGUUCCCACCCGAGAUAGGUGGCCAUAGAAGUACAGAGAGCGCGUCGGAAAGUGAUGAAACGUCUGAAAAUAAGGAUCACAUCAAGGAGAAGGACAAUGGCGAGACGAGUGUUGAAAAAUCUGAAGAAAGCGAGGGUACAGUCAAUGAAAAUGGAAAGAAGCAGACCAGGGGACCUCGAGGACCCUAUAAGAAAAGUGAGUUUCAUCGAAAAAGCGAAAAAUACGGGAUUCAAUGUUUUCGUGGCGGGACCUAAAUUAAGUUACCCUUCAUCUGGGGCAGCAGAUUUCAUUUGGGGUAGAUCGGGUAUUGGCCCAACAUGUAUAGCAAAUGUUGCAAAAUUCUUUGACCAGCAGGCCAAUCGGUUGAAAUCACAUACACAUUUUUAAAAUGACUAGCCAAAAACCUGGAUCGGCUAGUCAAAGUGUCAGAAUGGCCGUGAAAUCUCAAAAAAAGCUACCAAAAGGUUUGAAUAGGUGUGAAAAAGUAGGCGUGACAAAAAAAUUUGUAAUGGCUAGCCAAAAACCUGGAUUGGCAAAACAAAGAGUUCGAUUGGACAGCCAAGCUAUUAGGAAUGCCCACUUUGGCUAGCCGGUCCAGGUUUUUGUCAAGCCAUUAAAAUCGUUUUGUCAUGUCUACUUUUUCACACCUAUUCGAACCUUUUGGCCAGCUUUUUUUGAGAUUUCACAACCAUUCUGGCACUUUGGCUAGCCGAUCCAGGGUUUUGGGUAGCCAUCAAAAAAUUUAGUUGUGAUUUCAACCCAUUGACUUUGCCGGUCAGAGAAUUUUGCAACAUUGGCUAUACGUGUUGGGCCAAUACCCAAUGUGCCCCAAAUGAAAGCGCUAAAUCAAUAUAAUUUUUUGAAAAUUUUUGUCCAUUUAUGACUUCUGAAUAUCGAUUUUUCGACAAAUUACAAUUGUAACCAUUUUUUAUAAAAAUCCCCAAAAAUAAAAACAUAAUGGAAAAAUUGCCCUUCCAGAGAAUGACAUUCCUCCACCACCCUCCGAAGAGCUCAGCCUCUCCGAACAUUCCAUCAAUUUGCUGCUCCAAAGCCUUCAAGAAGACCUCAGUUCGACUGGCGAAACGUCAGACCAAGUGGAAAAAAUUAAAGUAAAAAUCGAAAAUGAUGACGAACAAGGUUGUCCAUCGAGCUCAGAGAUGAAAGAGCAGUCAUUUCCGGAGAUAAAAAUGGAUGAUUUUGGAAUUGGAAUUACUAAUCCAUCGACUAGCAACUAUAACGAUGCUUUAGAUGAGCUGGAGGAAAGAAAUGCGGUUUUGGUGAAAGAAAAUUCGGAAUUGAUGUUACAAAGUAAGUAGAGUACAGUGACGGACCUGAUUCAGGGGCAAAAAAGUACCAUUUUGCAUCCGGGAAGUGUCAAACAAUGUGGCAAAAUACCUCCAUCUCCAAGUGAAAAAACUUCGUUUUGAACGGCGAGUUUUUGAAAUCGAGUUUUUUUUCAGUUGGAGGGGGAGGCAUUUUGCUACAUUUUGGAUACUUCCCGGAUGCAAAAUGAAUUGAAAAAAGAGACUACGGUGACGGACUUGAUCCAUUGGCAAAAAACGUGCCUUUUUGCAACCGCGAAGUGUCAAAAAAUGUGGCAAAAUGCCUCCCUCUAAGUGAAAAAUCUUCGUUUUGAAGUCUCCCUCACAAAAAGAGCGGGCGCGCUUUUGAAAUCGGAGUUUUUUCCCUUGGAGAGGGAGGUAUUUUGCAACAUUUUUAAUACUUCCCGGAUGCAAAAUGGUACGCUUUUUGCCACACUGGAUCAGGUCCCCACUGUAGACGGAAAAAAGGAAUUAUUUGAAAUUUCAAACCAAAAAUAAAUUGAAUUUUUUCAGUGAUCCGUCUAAAACGACAGCUGAAGCAGAAAUGCAAUGAAAAUGCUGAUUUGGCGGCCGAACUUAAUCGACUAAAAUCCCAAAUGAAUCAACAGUAA